UCACUGAUCCAUGGAAAGAGCCGAAGAUGUUGGCUCGGUCAUGUGAUCAGCUGUGUCCAAUCACAGCUGAUCACAUCAGUGCCACCUGUCAGUGUCCAUCAGUGCCAACUGUCAGUGCCCAUCAGUGCCACAUAUCAGUGCCUACCAGUGCACAUCAAUGCCACAUAUCAGUGCCCAUCUGAGCUGCCUUUCAUUGUCACCCAUCAGUCCAGUCAGUGCCACCUAUCAGUCCCAAUCAGUGCCACCUAUCAUUGCUUCCAAUCAGUGCCGCCUAUCAGUGCCAAUCAGUGCCACCUAUCAGUGCCAGUCAGUGCCGCCUAUCCGUGCCAGUCAGUGCCGCCUAUCAGUGCGCAUCACUGAUCAGUGUCGCCUAAUAGUGCCAGUCAGUGUCACCUAACAGUGCC